AUGCCUGCUAUUGUCGACAAGAUCGCCGAGGCGCUCCACAUCAAGAAGCACGAGGCUGGCCACCCUGAACCUACCACGUCCACUGACGCUUCCGCUGCUCCUGCUACGACCUCUGGUGCUGGUCCGAAGUCACAGGUGUUCGAUCAUGAGCGGGUAAAGGUCUUCUUCGUACUCGGCGGUCCCGGCGCAGGCAAGGGCACACAGUGCGCCAACCUCGUGAAGGACUUCGGGUUCUGCCACCUGUCCGCGGGUGACCUCCUGCGUGCCGAGCAAAACCGCGAAGGCUCCGAGUUCGGUGACCUCAUCCGUAAAUACAUUCGCGAGGGCCAAAUCGUGCCGAUGGAAAUUACUAUCAAGCUCCUCGAGAACGCCAUGCGCAGCGAGCUCACCCAGCCGCACGACCGCGAAGGCUGGGAGGACGGCCGGGGACGUUUCCUCAUCGAUGGGUUCCCGCGCAAGAUGGACCAGGCUCUCAAGUUCGACGAAGACGUCUGCCUGUCGACCGAGGUCCUGUUCUUUACGACGACAGAAGACGAGAUGCUGAAGCGCCUGCUCGAGCGUGCCAAGACGAGCGGCCGUGAAGACGACAACGAGGAGAGCAUCCGCAAGCGCUUCCGUGUCUACAAGGAGCAGACUAUGCCUGUCAUUGAGCACUACAGCAAGGAGGGCAAGGUUGCAACUAUCGACGCGACGGCCACGAUCGAGGAUGUGCACACAAAGGCCCAGGAGAUUGUGGCCAAGAUCCUGGCUGGUGAGGUCGGCCGUAACAUCACCGCAUGA